AUGGAUACGAUAUCCAAAGAAAACCGUCUUCGCCCGCGAGAGGAGGUCAAGGUACUCUACGACCACGAACUCAAAAAUGCUCCUGGAAAGUCCAUAAUCGGCCUGGAGAUAGAAUAUUCUCCAAAUGGAUUCACACCUCCCCACCGACACGGUGGAGCUACAGUGGUUGCGUUUGUGACUGAAGGAAGCAUACUUAGCGGUAUGAAUGGCAAUCCUCCCCGAGUCUACGAACCAGGAGAAAGUUUCAUGGAGCUGCCGGGAUGUCAUCACACAGUCGCAGAGAACAAUAGCAAAACCCAGAGAGCAAAAUUAAUUGUUGUGCUUGUUGUGGAUACUGAGGUGGUAAAGAAGUCAGGCUAUGAGGGCCUUACUGUCCUCGAUGAUGGAUGGGAGUAG